CGGUGCGCGACGGUCACCCCGCCGCCCGGCGCGGCCCCGGCCCGCGGCUCCGCGCCCACGGUGCCCACUGAGCGAGCCUAGUGUCCCGGGAGGAGGAAGAACCACAGAGCCCCGGGUGCUCCCGAGGACCGCUGCUGUUUCAUCCCACCCGCUCCCGCCGCUGCCCCGCCAUGGGGAGCUGCGCACGGCUGCUGCUGCUCUGGGGCUGCUCCGCGGUGGCCGCAGGACUGAAUGGAAUAGCGGGAGCACAUUCCCGCUGUGAGAAGGCCUGCAACCCUCGCAUGGGAAACUUGGCUUUGGGACGGAAACUCCGGGCAGACACCACCUGUGGCCGGAAUGCCACGGAGCUGUCCUGCUUCUACAGCGAGAAUGCCGACCUCACUUGCCGACAGCCCAAGUGUGACAAGUGCAACGCUGCCCACCCUCACCUGGCCCACCCGCCCUCCGCCAUGGCAGACUCCUCCUUUAGGGUUCCCCGUACGUGGUGGCAGUCCGCGGAGGACGUGCACCGAGAAACCAUCCAGUUAGACCUGGAAGCAGAAUUCUACUUUACGCACUUGAUCAUGGUGUUCAAGUCCCCCAGGCCUGCAGCCAUGGUGCUGGACCGGUCUCAGGACUUCGGGAAGACCUGGAAGCCUUACAAGUACUUUGCAACAAACUGCUCGGCUACUUUUAGCCUGGAAGAUGAUAUUGUCAAGAAGGGAGCUAUUUGCACUUCCAGAUACUCAAAUCCCUUCCCAUGCACUGGAGGAGAGGUCAUUUUCAGAGCUCUGUCACUACCGUAUGACAUAGAAAACCCUUACAGUGCCAAAGUUCAGGAGCAGCUGAAGAUCACCAAUCUCCGUGUGCAGCUGCUGAAGCGACAGGCCUGCCCUUGUCAGGGAAACGACUUGAACGCGAAGCCCCAGCAUUUUACUCACUAUGCCAUCUAUGACUUCAUUGUCAAGGGCAGCUGCUUCUGCAAUGGCCACGCGGAUCAGUGUGUCCCUGUGGAUGGCUUCAGACCUGUGAAGGCCCCAGGAGCAUCCCAUGUGGUCCACGGGAAAUGCAUGUGUAAGCACAACACAGCGGGCAGCCACUGCCAGCACUGCGCACCACUGUACAAUGACCGGCCCUGGGAGGCAGCAGACGGCAGAACAGGGGCUCCGAAUGAAUGCAGAACUUGCAAGUGCAAUGGGCAUGCCGACACCUGUCACUUCGACAUCACGGCGUGGGAAGCGUCAGGGAACCGCAGCGGCGGCGUGUGCAACAACUGCCAGCACAACACGGAAGGCCAGCACUGUCAGCGCUGCAAGCCGGGUUUCUACCGUGACCUCAGGAGGCCCUUCUCUGCCCCGGAUGCCUGUAAAGCCUGCUCCUGCCACCCAGUUGGGUCCGCUGUCCUUCCUUUCAGCUCGGUGACCUUCUGUGACCCUAGCAACGGUGACUGCCCUUGCAAGCCUGGGGUGGCGGGGCCACGUUGUGACGCGUGCAUGGUGGGAUACUGGGGCUUUGGAGACUAUGGCUGCAGACCUUGUGACUGCGCGGGGAGCUGUGACCCGCUCACGGGAGACUGUAUCAGCAGCAGUGCUGACAUAGACUGGUACCAUGAAGUCCCUGCCUUUCAUUCUCCACACAAUGAGAGUGAGCCACGCUGGGAGUGGGAGGAUGAGCAAGGGUUUUCUGCACUUCGACACUCAGGUAAAUGUGAAUGCAAGGAGCAAGUGUUAGGGAACCCCAAGGCGUUCUGUGGAAUGAAGUAUUCAUACGUGUUAAAAAUCAAGAUUUUAUCCGCCCAUGACAAAGGUUCACAUGCUGAAGUCAAUGUGAAGAUUAAAAAAGUCUUACUGUCUACCAAACUGAAGAUCUUACGAGGCAAGAGAACGCUAUAUCCAGAGUCCUGGACAAACAGAGGCUGCACCUGUCCAAUCCUCAACCCAGGUUUGGAGUACCUGGUAGCUGGACACGAAGAUGUAAGAACAGGCAAAUUAAUUGUGAAUAUGAAAAGCUUUGUCCACCUCUGGAAACCAGCUCUUGGGAGACGAGUCAUGCACAUGUUAAAACGGGAGUGCAAGUAGCCCUGAGGGGGUUAAGCACACAACAGCUCUUCUCUCAGUAUCAGGCACACAAGUAUGAGGA